UUCCUCUUAAUUAAGAUCAAAGAAACUUCCUUCACAAUCAGUCAAGAUCAAACUAAAAAUCUAAGCUAUGCUAUGGCUCAAUCUGGUCGGCAAGAAAGAAAAAUAGCUCAGUUGCCGGAUUGCAUUCUGGAGUCCAUAGUUUCAUUGCUACCUCUAGUCAAAACUAGCCUGGUUUUCCCUCAGUGGAGGCGCGGAUUGCAUCUUCUAACAAGGCACAAUCUAGAAUUCAACAAUCUAAACGUUUUCGGAAGCAACCAUGAAAUUGGGUUCGACAUGGACAAGAUGGACCAGGACUUUGUAAAAUCACUAAAGUGUGUGUGCAUAUUUGCGACCCAUAAAGGUAACAAGGUCGACUCUUUCAAAGUCGGAAAAACAUACUACAUCUUUUGAUGUGUCAAGCGAGACUUGCAUGGAGACACCUUACACAAGAUCACAGCAACACAUCUUUUAGAGAAGAACUUGCGUACGUAAGCCGUACCAUGCGUGUAGUACAGCUGACCAAUCAGUGCAUAUGUAGAAUGUGUUUUGGGUAUUUAAAUAGAGGUAAUUUGGGAGUUUAUUCAAAAUUUUCUGAGUUUGAUUAUGUAUCUCUAUCGGUCACACGUUGCAUGGCAGCCGUAUGUAAGACUUUUUCUUCAAGCAAAAAAAAUUUAAGGUGAAAAAAAAAUAGUAUGAUGCCACUUGGAUUAUUCCUAGCCACUAGGAGCUCAUGCAUAGGAACGUAGAAGACUGCUCACAUCUCAAAACCUCUUCAAGGCCUCGCCAAUCCUAAAACCCAUAACGCCAUGUCCUCCUUGGCCGCUAGGUCAGUGCUCCGCUCCACCGCGUCUCGGACCACCCAGCUGCGUUCGAGGCUCGCUUUCGCAGCCAAAACCAAACCAGCUGUCGCCUCACCCUUUAGCAUCCCCAAACAAAACCAAAACCUACUGUCUCAUCGCAUCUUCAGGUCGCCUGCGGAGUUGAGCUGCUGCGUGGAGACGUUGCUUCCCUACCAUACAGCCACAGCCUCUGCAUUGCUCACUUCGAAGCUAGAAGUCUCGCAACGCUUCUAUGUUUUGAUCCCUGAAGGUGAAUGAUUGUUACCCGUUGAGAUGCGCGGCAUUGUCGUACUUUUCGUCAAUUUCAAAGAAUUUUGCAAGACUUUCUUUAGGGAUUUUUCACUUGUAAAACUAUUUUGUUAUACAAUAUUAAUCAUUGAGGAAGUGAUCUUGAUA